GCAGCUGGCGGGUAGCAUCUUGUAGCGCUGUGCUGUCCUCCGCCGGGUCCGGGAUGUCCCUGACAGACUCGCCUGCCGCGAUGGCUCUGAGCGACGUGUCCGCCAACGAGGAGCCUGAGGAGGACGCGCCGGCCUGCGGCGCCGCCCUGGAGGCGUUCGGCGAGGGCGCGGAGAUCCGCGAGCUGCUCGGCCGACUGCGGGCGGUGCACGGCGAGCUCGUAGCGCGGGAGGUGGCGGAGCAGCGGUUCCGCGUAAUUAUGAACAAAUACCAGGAACAGCCUCACCUCUUGGACCCACACCUUGAAUGGAUGAUGACCUUGUUAUUGGACAUGGUGCAAGAUAAGACAUCUCCAACCACUCUUAUACAUUUGGCUUUCAGGUUUCUGUACAUCAUCACCAAGGUGCGAGGGUAUAAGAUAUUUCUUCGGUUGUUUCCUCAUGAAGUAGCUGAUGUACAGCCUGUGUUAGAUAUGUUCACAUAUCAGAACCCUAAAGACCAUGAGACAUGGGAAACCCGCUACAUGCUUUUACUGUGGCUCUCUGUGAUCUGCCUGAUCCCUUUCGAUUUUUCACGUCUUGACGGGAACCUGCUCUCUCAACCCGGGGAAACACGAAUGCCCAUCAUGGAUCGUAUUCUGCAAAUAGCAGAGUCCUACUUGGUUGUUGGCGACAAGGUGCGAGAUGCAGCUGCUGUCCUUGUGUCCAAGUUUAUCACACGUCCCGAUGUCAAGCAGAGGAAGAUGGAUGACUUCCUGGACUGGAGCCUGUGCACCUUGGCCCGGUCCUCCUUCGAGACCAUCGAUGGCAUCAUUACCAUGGAUGGGACAUUGCAGGCCCUGGCUCAAAUAUUUAAGCAUGGAAAGCGUGAAGACUGUUUACCUUAUGCCGACACCGUACUCCAGUGCCUUGACAGAUGCAGACUUCCUGAGAGCAACCAGACCCUGCUGCGGAAGCUGGGGGUAAAGCUUGUGCAGCGGCUGGGACUGACCUUCCUCAAGCCAAAGGUGGCCUCUUGGAGGUAUCAGCGUGGCUGCAGGUCUUUGGCUGCCAACCUGAAGCUCAGUGCUCAGGGUCAGAGUGAGCAGAAGCUGCUGCUUGACAGUGUGACUGCUGUUGAUGGUGAUGAAGACUACGACAUCCCGGAGGGGGUGGAGAGCGUGAUAGAACAGCUGCUGGUUGGGUUGAAGGACAAGGACACAGUGGUGCGAUGGUCUGCAGCAAAAGGAAUUGGUAGGAUGGCUGGGAGGCUCCCUAAAGUGCUGGCGGAUGACGUGGUGGGGUCUGUGCUGGACUGUUUCAGUUUUCAGGAGACAGACAAGGCGUGGCAUGGAGGAUGUCUGGCGUUGGCAGAACUGGGCAGACGAGGCCUGUUGCUCCCCUUGCGACUCAAGGAGGUGGUCACUGUGAUCCUGAAGGCAUUGAUCUACGAUGAGAAGCGGGGUGCCUGCAGUGUGGGUGCCAAUGUGAGGGAUGCUGCCUGCUACGUGUGCUGGGCCUUUGCACGUGCCUACGAGCCGCAGGAGCUGAAACCCUUUGUGACCACCAUUUCCAGGUAAAGUUUGUUAGUUGUCCCCAUGGCACUGCACGUGGCAUAUCUCCUGUGAGAGGUGCA